CUGACACUGUAGAAUCUGGGGAAAGAGAAACAAGGCUGAACUGUAAAGCUGAUACAGUGACCAGGAUUAUUCUUCUGGAAUCUGACAGUUUACUGGAUGACUGGAGAGAAGACAGCAUUAAAAAUCAGGUUUGCUUCUUGAAAAGGAGGAAAAAAGACACUCAUUGAUCAACCUUAAACCAUGGCAGCAUAAUCCUGCAUUUUAGAGGGAGGCUGAGUAUUCUGGAUCUUGUGUGCCUUCAAGUCUGUGAAACUGGUGGUUUAUUACCAAAGAGGAAGAAUGUGGCAGAUUGUUUUCCUUACUUUGAGCUGUGAUCUUGUCUUAGCGGCAGCCUACAAUGACUUUCAGAAAAGCAUGGACAGCAUAGGGAAAAAGCAGUAUCAGGUUCAGCAUGGAUCAUGCAGCUAUACUUUUCUCCUACCAGAGAUGGACAACUGUCGCUCCUCUUCUAGCUCCUACGUAUCUAAUGCUGUUCAGAGGGAUGCACCACUAGAUUAUGAUGAUUCAGUGCAGAGACUGCAAGUACUGGAAAACAUCAUGGAAAACAACACUCAGUGGCUGAUGAAGCUUCAGAAUUAUAUCCAGGACAACAUGAAAAAAGAAAUGGUAGAGAUCCAACAGAAUGCAGUACAGAACCAGACUGCUGUGAUGAUAGAAAUAGGAACUAACUUAUUAAAUCAAACAGCAGAACAGACACGGAAAUUAACUGAUGUUGAAGCACAAGUAUUAAAUCAGACAACAAGACUUGAACUUCAGCUUCUGGAACAUUCCCUUUCUACAAACAAAUUGGAAAAACAGAUUUUGGAUCAGACCAAUGAAAUAAACAAAUUGCAAGAUAAAAACAGUUUCCUAGAGAAGAAGGUCCUAGAUAUGGAAGACAAGCAUGUAGUUCAACUACAAUCAAUAAAAGAAGACAAAGAUCAGCUCAAAGUGUUAGUAUCCAAGCAAAAUUCCAUUAUUGAAGAGCUAGAAAAACAAUUGGUGACUGCCACUACGAAUCAGUCAGUUCUUCAAAAGCAGCAACAUGAUCUGAUGGAGACAGUUCAUAAUUUAUUGUCUCUGAUGUCGACAUCAAACUCAUCUAAGAACUCCCUUGUUGCUAAAGAAGAACAAAUCAUUUUCAGAGACUGUGCUGAAGCAUUCAAAUCAGGACGUACAACUAAUGGGAUCUACACAUUAACAUUUCCCAAUUCUACAAAAGAGAUAAAGGCUUACUGUGACAUGGAAACAAGUGGUGGUGGAUGGACAGUUAUUCAGCGACGGGAAGAUGGCAGUGUUAAUUUUCAGAGGACUUGGAAAGAAUAUAAAGUGGGAUUUGGUAACCCUUCAAGAGAGUACUGGCUAGGAAAUGAGUUUGUUUCCCAACUGACUAAUCAGCAAAACUAUAGGCUGAAAAUAUACUUUAAAGACUGGGAAGGGAACGAGGCAUACUCAGCAUAUGAACAUUUCUAUCUCUCAAGUGAAGAUCUCAAUUAUAGGAUCCACCUUAAAGGACUUACAGGGACAGCCGGCAAAAUAAGCAGCAUAAGCCAACCAGGAAAUGAUUUUAGCACAAAGGAUGCAGACAAUGACAAAUGUGUUUGCAAAUGUUCACAAAUGCUAACAGGAGGCUGGUGGUUUGAUGCAUGUGGUCCUUCCAACUUGAAUGGAAUGUACUAUCCACAGAGGCAGAACACAAAUAAAUUCAAUGGUAUUAAGUGGUACUACUGGAAAGGAUCAGGCUACUCUCUCAAGGCAACAACCAUGAUGAUCCGACCAGCCAAUUUCUAA